AUGCCACCUAAGCCACCAGCUAAAGGAGCUAAGAAGGCCGCCAAAAGUCAGAAGAUUGGUCGUGGUGGAGACAAGAAGAAGAAGAACCGAAGAAAGGAAAGCUAUUCGGUCUACAUUUAUCGCGUCCUCAAACAAGUCCAUCCCGACACUGGAGUCUCAUCCAAAGCUAUGUCUAUUAUGAAUUCAUUUGUCAACGACGUUUUUGAGCGUAUUGCUGCUGAAGCUUCACGACUUGCGCACUACAAUAAACGUUCCACGAUCUCUUCUCGCGAAAUUCAAACCGCAGUUCGUCUGAUUCUACCUGGAGAGUUGGCCAAACACGCCGUGUCCGAAGGUACGAAAGCUGUCACCAAGUAUACUUCUAGCAAAUAA